GCUACAGAUGGAGAAUGAGCUCCGCCAGCGAGAGAGACAGCAAGAGCGUGAACGAGAGAAAGAAAGGGAGCGCGAGGCAGGGCUGGAACGGGAGCGCGAGCGCGAGAGGGAGAGAGAGAGGGAGGAGGAGAGGGGGAGAGAGCGGGAGAGAGAGCUGGACAGACAGAAGGAGAGGCAGAGGGAGAGGCAGCAGCAGAUGGUCAGAGCGGCAGAGAGCCACUACCUGGCUGAGCUGCAGGCUCGGAGGGCACCACCCGAGGACAGGGGCAGGCCAGGAGAGAGGCUGACCCCGAACAGACUGGAUAAAACCAAGGAAUCAGAGCAUCCAGGUUUCCAGGCACCCAAACCUCUCUCCCUGCAGCCUGGCCUUCACUCCUCCAGGGGGUCUAUCCCACACCCAGUGCCCAGCCUGGUGCCUUCUCACCUGGGUAAGCAUUCUGCUGCUGCUGCUGCUGGGGGGAUCCAUGGAGCUCUGGCAGCUGCCAUGAUGACACAGAGGGCGAGCGAGGCAGCAUGGUUGAGUCGGCAACGAGGGCAAGGGCAGGAGAGAGAGGGUCCGCUGGAGAUGGGACUCAGGUCACCUGGGAAAGGGGUGGAGCCGAGGAGAGACAUCCACAGAACCAAUUCAGUCCAUCACAACACAAGCAGCAAAGAUGUACCUCCCUGCCUUGGGGCUCCACCUCCCCUUAUCUCCCCUAAAGGACCCCAUCACCCUACUGCCCCUCCGACUACACUGUGGAACCCAGCCUCCCUUGUCGACACCCCUGUAGACUCCCGCAGGAAACUCAACCCUCCUACACCUCCAAGUCGGCCGCCUCCAGGACUGACCAGAGCCGACAGACCCCCACUGAGCUGGGGGGAGAAGCUGGAAGAUGGAGGCAGAAGGAGGGCAGAAGGCAUAGAGAGGUACACCUCACUGAGGGGAGCUAGUUUACAAGAAGCAGGUUCGUGGAACAAGGCAGAGCAGGACAGAGCCAUCCAGAGCCUCUAUCAGCGGCAUCACAUCAAUAACCUCCACCAGAGAUCCUGUGUGCCUCCGUCUACUCCCGUUGCCUGCACUGACCUCGGGGGGCAACGCCAGGCAGAAUCUCCGUCUCGAGUGAGGGAGCGACAGAGUCAGCCGCCCGACAGCAUGUUGGUGUAUGACGAAGUUCUCCAGCAGCACCGCCGGCUGCUCAGCAAACUCGACCUGGAGGAGAAGAGGAGGAAGGAGGCCAGAGAGGGAGGUUAUUACUAUGACCUGGACGAGUCAUAUGAUGAGAGUGACGAAGAGGAGGUGAAAGCCCAUUUGAGGAGAGUGACAGAACAGCCCCCACUCAAACUGGAAGCAUCCUCGGAGAAAGUGGAUUUUCUGCGCGUGUGUGGUCUGACCACGCUGUCCCAUCGCGAUGAGCUUCUGGCACGGAAGAAGAGGAAGAGGAGGAGGAUGAUGAGAGAGCGCAGCCUCUCUCCGCCAGCCGUGCGGGCCAAGAGGAAGGCCUCUUCACCUUCAACACCUACAACUCCCUUAACUACCCCAUACUCUGCCGAACAGAUGGACAGCACCCCUGAGCUGGGGGAGAAAAAGGACUUCCUCCUUAUGUUCAACCUUUCUCAUGUCAGCCCACAGCAGAGGAGAGAUAAAGAGAGGACAGAGGAGCUGCUGAGGGCCAUUCAGAAGAAGACCGUGACGUUAGACACACUCAGAUAUAAUCCUUUACCUCCAUGUAGCAGUCCUUCUGCUCCCUCAACUGGUGACUCCUCGUCAGCUCCUCUGCCGUGUCAAUCAAACGGACAUCUGUACCCAGACUCUCCAAGCCCCUCCCCGCCGUAUGUACACAAACCUAAACAUCUCCUCCAUAAUGACACAUUCAAACCCUCCAUGGACAGCCAAGUGGCCCGCGUCCCUCCACCCUUGGCCGUUCAUCAUGAAAAGGCUGAAUUCACGGAGCCAAACAGGAAGCACCAGGGCCUCCAGAACGGCGUUGUUGCUUCUCCCCAGAAAAAGGAGCCCAGUCCUGUGCAGAAUGGAUGGAAUCGGCCCUUGGAGAGGUUCACGCCUGAGUCCUUUGCUCAGCACUUCCACCAGGCUGUGCUGCAGUCUACACACAACACGCUGCAGAACAAAGGAGUCUCAAAUUGCAUCCCAGAGGCCGGCACGAAGGCCGACCACUCGUUGUUUCACAGCAUCUCUCAACAGAAGAGUUCAAAUGUUAACCAUGCCCCUCAGCAGGCACACAUCAACGGCCAUCACUUCCACCGUUUCCCUGUAGGCAGCAGGGACACUCCAGGACCACGGGAAAACCUGUCUGAUGAGGACGAGGAGGAGUCUGGACAGGAGGAGGAAGAGGAGGAGGAGGAGGAGGAGGAGGAGAUGGAAGAAGCUCCAAAGAAGUGGCAGGGUAUUGAAGCUAUUUUUGAGGCCUACCAGGAGUAUGCAGAUGCGUGGAGUAUAGAGCGGCAGGUUCUUCACAGUCAGUGUAAAAGACUUGAAGCACAAAAUUACAACCUGACCAGAACGGCAGAGCAGCUUUCUCUCACUAUGGGGGACCUAGUGAGUCAGAGGCAGAAAGUGAGAGAGGAGAGGGAGAGACUGCAGGCCCAGCUCGAGCACUUCAGGAGGUGUUUGACACUACCUAACAUUCACUGGGGCAGGAGGCAAGUCAACGGGCACACACCGAGGUGACCUCUGACACCGACUCUCUGGCAGAUAAUGCCUCUGACAGCGGAGGAACAGUAACAAGAACAAGACAGACUGGAGCCAGACCACUCACUGCACUUGAAGCACUUGAAGGAGCCAGUCCUUGUCUUGUUACCAUUUCUGGCCAGUCAGUUAUGUUACCUGACUGGUUCCAACUGAUCACCUGCCAUGUUCGCCGCGGUUACUGUACACCGUGGUGACCGUAUAGUCUGGGCAAAUUCCCACUCUCUGUCACUCUGCCCAUGGAUAAUAACACUGUGUAGGUGAAACAGCGUCUUUGUCAGAGUAACACCACCCACUCCCACUAGUCCCUGAGAUGGCUUUAAGGACUUUCCACCAUUUAGCUCAUAUCAUAUGAAUUUCUGCAUAAACUGUAUUUAUCCAAGCUUGGUACAAAUCUGUAGUCUCUGGACAGCGGUGAGAAGAGACUUAAAGCGCGUAGUGGUCACUUGGUUAAAACUCAGAGAAUGAAAAUUGAGUCAAGGAAUCAAAGCACACCUCAGGCCUUAAACUUGAUAGGAUGCACUUGAAAUGGAAUUGGGAGGAAAUACUUGACUAUCCUCUGUGUGGUAUAAUGUUGUAGCGUCUACUGAGCACUUGUCUGACGGAUGACACAGUUUGUGUGCUGGUGAAGCUUCUGCAGAGGAUAGGAAACAUCUAAAAGAUAGUAUCUAUAUAAUGGUAUCAAUGAAGUUUUUUGAGGUUUAAUACACUUUUCCAUUGGUGAAAUCACUCGCGGUAGACGAAGAAUUUUGUAUGUUUUAUCGUUUUAACCAUUUUCUUGUGGGAAGCCAUAUGUUCUUGUUUUUAAUUGCUGCUGGUCAGAAUAAAGAUGUUUAGAAAAUGAAGGGUGUUAGGACAGUUGUAUUUGAAGAAAAUGUUAUGUGAUUUAAAAAAAUGUUUGAAGGGUUAGACCACUGGCGAUGGAUGACAACAUGGCGAAAUAUCAGGUUUUUGUCUCGCAGCAUUAUCAAGUUGUCAUGAUUAGUUCGCAGGUUUAUCCCCCAGAGUCUGUGCUCUAAGCCCUCCACACGCCUAUAAAUAUUGACAAACCUUGAAUAGAAAAAAAGAUGUGAUUUAAAAAAACAAACCUACACGUUCUUUAAUAAUUGGCAUCAUUUGAGUGACAUGACUGAACUUUUAGGCAUACUGUCCAACCUUACCACACCUUUCUGAAGGUGGUUUAUUGUGGCGUUGUUUCGAAAAAUUAAGUUUAACUGAUUUUGUUGAGAAAACUAAUGAGCCAAAUUAUUAUACAGUUCUGUUUCAGGACUGUGUCAAGACUAAUAAAUUAUACCUUUAAUUGUUCAUGGGUGACAUAAACAUCAUAAUAACCCUAUCCUUCUGUGGAUAACAAUAAAACUACACCUUCUCUGGUCUUUUGGUGAGAUUUAUUUCCAUCAAGCCAGAUCAAAUUUAUCACAAAUUCAUAAUUUCUGCCUCCAUCCCCUUAUGAAUGUUAAAAUCCCAGGAGCCUGUUCGUACAAGCACAACAGUAGCAAUGUCCCAAAAUCAUUUGACCUUCCUGUGUCACCUGUUCAGUCUCCUCUACAAACCUUCUGUGAAAUCCUGCAUAUUUGUUUCAAUCAGUUGUUAUGUAAUGUAUUAUUUGGGACGUAUAAUUGUGAUGAAUUAUUUAUUAACAUAUAUUGCUGUAAAGUCUGAUGGAAAUUUACAAUAAAAUAUUUGUAAAAUGU